ACACACAGACACAGACAGAGAGGUAAACUUGUACGGUCGCUAAAUCAAUCAAUCGGUCUCUGAUAAUUUUUCCACCAGUUUGUGUGAAGAAAGGUGUGAUUCGAGAAGGUUCCUGUAAGAGGAAGAUAUGCAUAGAUCGUGUAGAGGUUUAGCUCGAUUUGUGAUAUCAAAUCGAGGGUUUUGCACAUCAUCAUCAAAAGGUGCUGGUAAUGAUAAGAUUGUAGCAUCUGUGCUCUUCGAGAGACUUCCGGUUGUUAUUCCGAAAAUCGAUCCCGCCGUCUACGUUUUUCAGGAAUUCUCCUUUCGUUGGAGACAGCAGUUUCGUCGGGCAUAUCCUGAAGAGUUCCUUAAAAAGUCGGAUACUAGGGGUAAGGGCGAAUACCAAAUUGAUUUUGUACCAGCUCCUAGGAUCACUGAAGCYGACAAAACAAAUGAUAAAAGGUCAUUGCAAAGAGCUCUUGACAGAAGGCUAUAUCUUCUUCUUUAUGGUGACGCAUAUGGUUCUCCGAAAGGGCAGCCCGUAUGGCACUUCCCUGAAAAAGUUUACAAGUCCGAGGAGACGCUGCGCAAGUGUGCAGAGUCUGCAUUAGAAUCUGUUAUCGGAGACCUAUCUCAUACAUACUUUGUCGGUAACGCUCCAAUGGGCCAUAUCGCAAUGCCGCCUAAGGACAAUCCAUCUUUUACGAGGUUCUUCUUUAAAUCUCAAGUGAUUGCGACAAAUAAGGUUGAUAUCAAAUCGAAGGAUUUUGUUUGGGUGACAAAGGACGAGUUGUUGGAAUAUUUCCCUGACCACAGCGAUUACUUGACGAAAAUGAUCAUAAGCUGAUGCAAAGGGUCCACGAUCCAUUUCAACUCGAGAUUUUUAAACAGUUUAAUAACUUGGUUGUGGUAUUUAUGCUCGGAAUCAAAACAAGGUGAUCCGGUUGUUGAGUUCUGUGAUCGAUUUGGAUGCGAACUUGCAUGGAUUUUGUGGGGUAGGAUAGUUUCUUAUUACAACAUUAGAAAGUUUAAAACGUGGAUUUUAGGUUCGAUGAGAAAAGCGUUGAAACUUAGCAAACGGUACUCUUUGCAACUGUUUUAAGUCGUACAUUUAUGUGAAUUCCGCUUGCCCGAUUCGAUUAAAACCCAUUUAUCACUA